AUGGCUUUUAUAUUGUAAGUAUAUUAUAUAUAUACUUUAGAUUUUUGGUUUAAUUAUGUUACUUUUAUCAAAUUUAUCAUAAUAAAUUAGAAAUCAUACAAUUAUUUUUAGAUGUUAAAGAAAAUAAAAUAAAGUAGAUUUAUAACAAUUGCGAAUUGUUUUUGACAGAUUUAUAAAUUGGAGAUGAUGAUGUAAAAAUAAUUUAUAAAGAAAGAUUAUAUCUGAAACAGAAGAGAAACCAGUUGAAAAAAAUGAUGAUGCUGCUGUGUUAAACUUUAGACCAAAAAGAAGGAAACAUAAAGAUUCUAGUAAAGAAUUUCAAAAUCAAUUGUUCAUAUCAUUCUUAUUAAAUUUACUAAUUUUCUUAUACUUUCUCUUUUUACAUUAUUAAGUUGAGAUUAUAGUUCAUCAAAUUUAACAGAUAUUACCUGUUCUUAAUAUUACUAGUGCUGCAGAAAGUUUUAAUAGAUUUGCUGAUAAUGCAUUACGACAAUUUAUCUAUGAUCCAAAUUAUUUAAUCUAUAAUAAAAAUGGAUUAGAUGAAGUUAGAUAAAUCACAGUUGAAUUAUAUGAUAUAGAUGCAGAGAUACAUAAAUUACAUACUGAAAUAUGGGAUUUGUUGGAAGAUUCAUACAAAUCUGCUUUCUUUAGCAUUUUUAUUAAUAAUCCUUGUUCUAUUAUAGCUUCUAUUGAAAGUUCUGUACCUGAAGAUGUUUGUAAUACAUUUUAUGGUGGUAUAAUGUAAAACGGAUUAUCGAUUGGAAUAACUAAAUUUGUUGAAGAUCUAAGAUAAACCUUACGAAAUUUUGAAAAUCGUAAUAUAAGUUCUCAAUAAAAUUUUAAUUUGACUGAUGAUGCUGAUUUAAAUUCUAGAAUGAAUUUAUUAAAUACAAUUCCUAUGACUUCAAUGAGAAGAAUGCAAAAAAUAUUCAUUAGAGCAUGUUAUCGAUAUUUAAUUUAAAUUAUGGAGGAAACUAUUUUGUAACAUUUUGAAGAAACAGAUAUUUUAAGAUUGGCAGUAUUCUUAUGUAUAAAUAUUCUCAUGUUAAUUGGAGUAACUUUUGUUUGGAUACCAGUUUAAAUAAAGAAUAAUUAAGAUAUUUUAAACACUCGUUUAUUAAUAUUAAUGAUACCUUUAGAAUAAAUUUUAAGGUAAUAUUAUUAAUAUAACUAAAAUAGAAUAAAAUCCAUUAAAAAUUAUCUUAGAAAUAAAAUUUAUCAUUGA